UUUGUNCUGGGUUUUCGAAAAUCGUUGACGGGGUUUGUUUCCAAGCUGUGGUUUUUGUAAACCCAGAAAGGGAUCUUCGAUGCAUUGAUUUGAUUUGGUGGAUUUGGAUUUUUCCUAUCUGGAGUUGCUUGGAUUUGCGUUUUUUUUCUUGGCGAAAUGAAUGGUGGAAACGAGGUCGUUGCAGCUCAGGCCGGCCCGCCGCAGCAGCUGGACUGGAAAUUCUCCCAGGUCUUUGGCGAACGUACAGCCGGUGAAGAAGUUCAAGAAGUUGAUAUUAUUUCAGCAAUUGAAUUUGAUAAAAGCGGGGAUCAUCUUGCUACUGGUGAUCGUGGUGGCCGGGUGGUGCUCUUUGAGAGGACGGAUACAAAAGAUCAUGGUGGAUCUAGAAGGGAUCUGGAGAGGACAGAUAAUGCAAUUAGCAGGCAUCCAGAGUUUCGUUAUAAAACAGAAUUUCAGAGUCAUGAACCUGAGUUUGACUAUCUGAAGAGUUUGGAAAUUGAGGAAAAAAUUAACAAAAUCAGAUGGUGCCAGCCAGCUAACGGUGCCUUAUUUCUGUUAUCUACUAAUGAUAAAACUAUCAAGUACUGGAAGGUGCAAGAAAAGAAGGUAAAAAAGGUUUCUACCAUGAAUGUGGAUCCUUCUAAAUCUGCUGGAAAUGGCAGCAAUGCAAGUUCGAGCAAUUCAAGUAGCUCUGGAACAUAUCUUGCAAAUGGAGGAUCCCCAGAUCGGUGUCUCAAUAAUGACCUCUCAUUUCCAGUAAGGGGCGUACAGUCACUACGCUUACCAGUGGUAACUACCCACGAUACUAACCUGAUGGCUAGAUGUCGAAGAGUGUAUGCCCAUGCUCAUGAUUAUCAUAUCAACUCCAUCUCCAAUAACAGUGAUGGAGAAACUUUUAUAUCAGCUGAUGAUCUGCGGAUAAAUCUUUGGAACUUGGAAAUUAGCAAUCAAAGUUUCAAUAUUGUUGAUGUCAAGCCUGCUAACAUGGAGGAUCUGACUGAGGUGAUAACAUCUGCAGAGUUUCAUCCUACUCAUUGCAAUAUGUUAGCAUAUAGCAGUUCAAAAGGAUCCAUUCGCCUAAUUGAUUUGCGGCAGUCAGCGUUAUGUGAUUCUCACGCCAAAUUAUUUGAGGAGCAGGAAGCACCUGGUUCUAGAUCCUUUUUUACUGAGAUUAUUGCUUCGAUCUCUGAUAUUAAGUUCGGAAAGGAUGGAAGAUACAUUCUUAGUCGUGAUUACAUGACUCUUAAGUUGUGGGACAUUAAUAUGGAUUCUGGGCCAGUAGCAACAUUUCAGGUUCAUGAAUAUUUAAGACCUAAGCUCUGUGACCUAUAUGAAAAUGAUUCAAUCUUUGAUAAGUUCGAGUGCUGUUUGAGUGGAGAUGGAUUGCGAGUAGCUUCAGGCUCUUACAGUAACCUAUUCCGUGUGUUCGGCUGCAUAUCGGGAAGUUCAGAGGCUACAACUUUAGAAGCCAGCAAAAAUCCAAUGAGGCGUCAAGUUCAGACCCCUUCAAGGCCUGCCAGAUCUCUGAGCAGUAGUAUAUCACGAGUCGUAAGACGAGGAGCAGAGAGUCCUGGGAAUGAUGCAAAUGGAAAUUCCUUUGAUUUUACAACAAAGUUACUUCAUUUAGCUUGGCACCCAACCGAGAACUCGAUUGCUUGCGCUGCUGCUAACAGCUUGUACAUGUACUAUGCGUAAACAUGGUUAUGGUUUAGCAAGAAAACGUAAUUGCUCGGUCAACUUUCUCGAGUUUCUCUCGGAGAAAGCUAUUUUCCCAUUUCCUUCCAGCCAUUGAACGUGCUUUUGGUAUCCCGGAUACAAAGUUGGCUGCCACACAAUCCUCCUCCACAAGGUUUAUGUUGAUUUCUCUGCAGUGGCUGCAUCUCAUUUUCCUCCUCCCUCGUCCUCGUCCUGACCCCCUCUCCCCCCUCCAAUACUACUUAGGUUCUUCUUUUUUUCACUCUUUUCAUGUCCCUGUAACUUCUUCUUCUGAAAAGAGAAGGUGCAGUUAUGUUUCAGAUUGUUUUGGGUUGGAGCCAUGAAGGAAAAAAACAAAAAAAAAAAAAAAAAAAAAAAAAAAAAA